UGUGUGCACUUUUUGUGUGUGACAGAGACAGAGGGAGAGACGGAAAGACAGAGAGAUUAGCUGUUAUAGAAAGUGAGAAAGGGGAGGGGAGGUAGCUGGAGACAGCACAGUGAGGGAGGGGUAAGGCCGAGAGAGAGAGAGAGAGAGAAAGAGAGAGAGAAAGAGAGAGAGAGAGCAGGCGGAAGGGGACGGAAGGGAGGGGAGUGAGAGAGAGAAGAGGGGGAGCACAUGUGUAUGCUUGUCACUGAGGGGCUGGGAGAAGGACUGAGGGAAGCGAGGUAGCUGGCCACAGCCGCCAUAUGCUGACUGGAUUCCAGUUCAUGUCUGCUGAGUGAAGACUGCAGGUUUGUGCUGCGUGCUCGCCGGCUGGGGAACGCACCAUGGGAAGCUCACAUCUCCUCAACAAAGGCAUGCCUCUAGGCAUCAGACCACCCAUUAUGAAUGGGCCUAUGCACCCGCGCCCCCUGGUGGCGCUGCUGGACGGGCGUGACUGCACUGUGGAGAUGCCCAUCCUGAAAGAUGUUGCAACCGUUGCCUUCUGUGACGCCCAGUCCACACAGGAGAUCCAUGAGAAGGUGUUGAAUGAAGCUGUGGGCGCUCUCAUGUAUCACACCAUCACCUUGAUGAGAGAAGAUCUGGAGAAGUUCAAAGCUCUGCGCAUCAUCGUCCGCAUCGGCAGCGGCUACGACAACAUCGACAUCAAAUCUGCCGGGGAACUUGGCAUAGCCGUAUGUAAUAUGCCAGCAGCCUCAGUGGAGGAGACGGCAGACUCCACACUGUGUCAUAUCCUCACCUUGUACCGACGCACCACCUGGCUGCACCAGGCUCUCAGAGAGGGCACGAGGGUGCAGAGCGUGGAGCAGAUCCGAGAGGUGGCGUCAGGAGCUGCGAGGAUCAGAGGAGAGACACUGGGACUUAUAGGGCUCGGUCGAGUCGGCCAGGCUGUAGCCCUGCGAGCCAAGGCCUUCGGUUUUAAUGUGAUCUUCUAUGACCCAUAUUUGGCUGACGGAGUCGAGAGAUCCCUGGGACUACAACGGGUCACAACACUACAGGACCUGCUCUUCCACUCCGACUGCGUCUCUCUGCACUGCAGCCUAAACGAACACAACCACCACCUGAUCAACGACUUCACCAUCAAACAGAUGCGUCAGGGAGCGUUCCUGGUGAACACAGCCCGGGGGGGUCUGGUGGAUGAGAAGGCCCUCGCUCAGGCCCUUAAGGAGGGGAGGAUACGUGGAGCUGCUCUGGACGUUCAUGAGACGGAGCCUUUCAGUUUCAGUCAGGGCCCGCUGAAGGACGCUCCCAACCUGAUCUGCACGCCGCACGCCGCCUGGUACAGUGAGCAGGCCUCUCUGGAGAUGAGAGAGGAGGCAGCCAGGGAGAUACGAAGGGCUAUCACAGGUCGUGUCCCCGACAGUCUGAAGAACUGUGUGAAUAAGGAGUUCCUCACCCAGAACAACCACUGGACAGGAGUCGACCCCGCCACCGUCCACCCCGAGCUCAACGGGGCUUAUAGGUAUCCUCCAGGUGUGGUGAACUUGCCCGCCGGGGGCCUCCCGCCGCCCGUCGAAGGCAUCGUCCCAAGCGCCGUGCCAAUGUCACACACCCUCCCGCCCGCUCCCUCACACCCUCCUCAUGCCCCAUCUCCUGGACAAAACACAGUCAAGCCACCAGAGGGCGACAGAGAGCAGCAUCCAAACGACCAACUGUAGCCACACACAACAACCCCCAAACACACACACACACACACACACACACACACACACACACACACACACACACACACACACACACACACACACACACACACACACACACACACACACACACACACACACACACCCCAUGUCUUCUAGUGACUGGAAGAGGUUGUCAUGGCAACCAGACUCAUAGAGAUACGAUUCCUUGUGAGAUGUUGUUAUCAGACAGGUUCACAGAGUGUCAGGUGGACGGACAGGUCGACCUCAACAACAACGAUCGACGCACGACUCUGGCGUCACAGCGGCGAGAUCACACUCCAAAGACGAAGAGGAAGAGGAAGUUAAGGGAAGCACUGCUGAGAGCCACAUGUCACGUCACAACGACAGUAUAAAGUCCAGUUUCCUCUGCCGGAAGUGAAAGGAAUGAUGACUAUCUACUGAAUCAAAAUCUGCUGUUUUAGACGGAGGAGUGUCUAAAGCGUGAGCGGCCUGUUCCCCGUCUUUCUCUCUGUGUCUGUGUCCUUCCCUUAGUUUGAAGUCGUAGGUUAUGAAAUGAAUGUAACCUGUCUGUGUACAGUUUUUGGACUUACCGCAAGAAAAUACUGAUAUUUGUAUUCCAGUCUUAAAAAAAAAAAAAAACAAGGGUUAUGUGAUCUCUCUGUGUAGCCAAACUGGUCUUAGAAUACAAUAUUUGUUAGUUUUUCUCAUGUGUGACCCCAAAUUAACAAGCCCCGCCCCUCUCCUUUCCCUUUCCCCCUGAAAAAAAAAGAGGCAGCUUUUUGCACACCAUCUCAGGAAAUGUAGUUUCCGCGGUUGGUAUAUUAUUUUUCUAAAUCUUUUUGUUUUUAUGCCACUCAGUGCUUUUGUUUUUUCUACCUGCUUGCCUUUUCUUUGUGUCCCGCUGCGUUAGCAAAAAGAACUUUAAAGAAACGUUUAAAGUUGACCUGAUGUUAGGUUUUCGUCUGUUUUGUUUAAGGGGUAUGUGAUUUAUUUUUUUUUGCUCUCGGGACUAAAGGUCUUUGCACACAGGGUCAGAUUUUUAGAUCUGUAUACUGAAACAAAAACGGUACAAACAGGCACCUUGCACACUGAGUCUGAUUUCCUCUUUUUGCAGGAGGAGACCAUAUAUCUCAUACUGAUCUAAAUUAAAAAAAACAGGUGUCUGUCCACUCCUGAAAAUAAAAACAAGAGCGAGGAGAGAUUCACCUAUCGCUAUCGUUGAUGAGCUGCAGAAUAAUCCCGAUCACUUCCAGGUGUAUUUCAGGAUGUCAGUGGUCCAGAUUAUCCACAAAGGAAACGAUCCUGAACAGCGGCUGGAAGUAGGGACACUACACACACACACACACACACACACACACACACACACACACACACACAGAAAAUCAAACCUGUUCUGAUCAAACAAUGAUGGACUGAAAUUUCGGAGUCAGUGUGCAAACAUGACCGACACAACAUGAGAUCGCAUUUAUUUUUUAACGUUCACCAAUUUGGACUCAGUGUGCAAAGGCCUUUAGCGUUCCUGUUUGAUCCAAAUCCUGGGAGUAUGUGGGAGGAACGGCUGCAUGGCGGUGGCGUGAUGGCGUGAUCCCUGGUAUGAGACGGUUUGUGUGGAUUACCUUUUGAAGGAUGAAGCAAUGCACUGAGAGUCUGUAGCAUCACAAUCUCCAAACAGGUUGUUUAUGUUUGUCUUCUUCAUAUCAUGAUCCAGUACUUCCAACGUGAAUUGUCCAGGUUAUGAAGCAUAAGUAGGUCAAGCCCUCGACCCCGCCCCCUUUUAGCGAGAGAUCCAUCAAAUCCGCCGGAUCGAACUCACAAACUCUACGAGCAGUUUCUCAGCAGUUAAAGUCCAUUUAGGGUUAUAUAGAUUGAUCAGCUUUCUAAAAAUAAAUAAUUGAAGGGAACGACCUUUGAGCAAACAGCAUGUCAGACCGUCUAGUAGCCCUUUAACAUUUCUCGAGGGGUUUCGUCCUGGGAGUAGCGUUCAGCCGCCCUCCGUGGCCUCUGUGUCUAUGUGUACAUAUGGUGUUCUGCCUGCCUGUGUCGAUGUGACUUGGUUGUAUCUGUGUCUUAAAAAAGAAAAAGCUCCACUGGGAGCAGGGGGGGCAGCAGCGAGCACUCCGCCUACACGGCACCUUUACAAAAAACUGCCAUCGAAAAAAAUCAACAAAUAAGCUCUCUCUGGGAAAUCCUCAAAACACUCACGACGAUACCAAAAAAUAUAAGAGAUCUACGGCGCUCUUAUUGGUUACAUUCCAACGAAGUAAACAAGGUGCUCAGUGUCAGCAGCUGAUUAUGAAACAUGACUGAUUCCUGCUCAGGUGUCGUUGUCUCGGCAGGACAGCUGAGUGCUUCUUGCGUUCCCCUCCUCCCAGCGGCUCAGUAGUUAAAAACAGUCCACUGUUGCCUACCUGCUCUUCUUCAUGGUGAGGUAGUAAAAGUAGCAAUCAGGGAUGGAAAUUUCACCAACUCACCCCCCCUCCCCUCCCCUCCCCCCGUUAUUAUUUCACAGCCCAGGUGAGAAAAUGAAGGGGGAGCCCAAACAUCUUUAACUCUCCUCAGCAGACGCCUGUCGGAGGGGGAGGACUUCUUUCCUGAUUUAAUCUGUAAGCAUUCCUGAUUCAAAUCGACGGGGUGCCACAGGUAACAGGUGUCCAGGUGCUCCUUGAAAUUCCAUCCCUGGUGGUGACACACAGUCCACUGUUGCCUACCUUGGUCCCCUUUCUGGUGAAGUAGUAGGCGUAGCAAUAUACAGUAUACAUAUUCUAUAUUCUACAGUAAAUAUCAUUAUUUUUGGUCGAAACUGACAACCUGACAAAGAGAUGUUUGUGACUGUAUGCAUUUGUAUGAAUUAUUUUAAAAGGAAAUAAACUGUGGAAAGGUGAA